GCUAGGAAAGCAAGCGAGCGAACGAGCGAGCAAGCAAGCAAGCAAAACAGCCAGAGACUGCCCUCCUGUCUCCCCCACCCCUAGGCAUGCCACGGAGAGCCCAUGGCCUCCGUACACACGGAGGAGAGUGAGGCAGCCCCAGCCGCUCCUCACGUCAUCCGCUGAGAGAGAGACGACGGGGCCUCGACACGGCGAGGAGCAAUAAUUCUAACGAGCCAAGAUGGCGGCGGACACGGUGGCCCUGUCCGCGCUCACGCUCGCCAGGGGCGACAAGAUCCUCGUGACCGUCGAGUCCGCGCUACCGGACAUCGUCGUCGUGUCCUUCGUUCACGGUGCCAAGUGCUUCCAGGGCGCGUUGCUCGACGCCACCAAGAGAGGCUUGCCGUGCGGUGUACAGCCCCCAGAACCGGUACCAGACCCCGAUGGCGACAAACUGGCGACGAUCGCGGCCCGUUUCAGCUACUUUCAAGAACGGAAGAGCUCGCUGGCCGCCUCAAAAGUCGAUCUUCGUAGAAACAUUAAUCCGCCAGCCAGGUAUAAAAAUGCGAGACCAACGGUCCGGCUCAGGCCGCGGCAGGUGCUUUGCAGCAAGUGCAGAUCGAUCUGCAACGAGAACAGCGAGAACGUCGACGUCAGCCGGAAACGGAAGCACGACGAGGCUCAGCAGGAGCAACAGCAGCAGCCACAGCAGCAGCAACAACAGGUGACGGGUCAUGGAUCGACAAGAAGAAGCGAUCGCCGUUGCGGCCAGCAGCCGCAAAAAGCUUCCAGGAUACUGUUCUCCGAGUGUCAGACCGAGAACGUCGCGGUGUCCUCCCAUCAGCCAACGAAAUCCUCGUCGUCGUCCACGGCUCUGAGUCCCGACUCGUCGAAGCUGGCACCGUCUCUCAUACCGAAAAUCUCCAGACUCCAGCCGAGCGAAAUCAAUAACGCCACACAGCCAACCGAGAAGGUGAAGAUCGGCGAAUCGUUUUGGAACAACCGACCGGAAGAGGAUGACUUGUCGGGAAACGCGAUGGAACCAACGGAAGAACGGAUGGAGUCCACUGAUUGCGACAGUAAUCCGUCGAUGGCGUACUGUGCCACGCCCAGGAGGCUCAGCAGUUCGUCGGUAGAGAGCGCUAAGAUACCGGAGGAGGACGAGAAGAAGACCUUCGCGGCGGCGGACUCGACGAUGAGGCCCAGGGCGGCUCGUGUGCCGCGAAAGAAACGUUCCGUGGGCUCGAUGGAGGAUCUAUGGGACGAGACGGUGUUCGAGGAUCCGACCAGAACUGCCAGGACCACGCCAGUGAUCAAGAUCUCGUUCGGUGCGCAAGGCGAGGGCACCGUGCUGAAGAUACCUGCGAAAAUACAGGAUCCAGAGUAUGAGCAGGAAACCGACGACGCGGAAGACGCACAGACGGAAACGGAAAGGGAUCCGCUGGAAUUGCCGAGGACCUUCGAGAACGAGUAUGAUUACCGCGAGGACUGCGAGGAGGACGGACAGGAGCAGGUGGAUCCGCAGAAGCAAGGUGUCAAGGACGCUAGUGCGAAGGCCGCGAAACGGGCGUUGAAGAAGGCCAAGAAGGAGGCUAGGAGGAAAAUGCUUGGUGGUGUCUCGCCGGCCAGAUCGCCUUGCAAUGGAUCGCCAAGGUACAAUCCUACCUACGACACAUUAUCGUACCACCGGCGCAAGCAUAAAGUGAAGCAUAAAAAGAAGCACAAGGAGGACCGGAAACACAAGAGCCAGCAGCAGACGACGAAUCAGCAGCCUUGUCUGGAAACUGGCACGGGCAAUCAACAGAAUUGGAACGUCUUGCCGGGUAGCGAGUCGUACACAGCCAUAAAGGAGCAGUGCCUCAAGCAGAAGUUGUCCAUAUCCCUGAAGCGAUUGAACACGAACGCGUACGCUAGAUGCGAUUACCCGGUGAGCAACGCUUCGUCCGGUUGCAAGAGUCCUGGCGCCAGCAGCGACGAGUUGAGCGAACAGGAGGUGGAACCGGAGGUCGACGCCGGUGAAACUGCCCCGGACUUUCCCCCGCAGUCUCAUCCCUUGAUGAUGCGACUUGCAGCCACACCUGUCGAGCAUUGCCUGACCGCGAAUGGCAGAAGAAUGGAUGUCGGUGACGUCGUAUGGGGAAAGAUUCAUGGAUUCCCUUGGUGGCCUGGAAAGGUUCUUAGUAUCACAGUGUCCUGUAAAGAAGAUGGCACAUCGUCCGGGCCGCAGGCUCAUGUUGCUUGGUAUGGAUCCUCGACAAGUUCUCUGAUGUCGUGCGACCAGCUGAGUCCAUUUCUAGAAACAUUCAAGACCCGGUACAACAAGAAAAAAAGGGGCCCGUACAAGGAGGCGAUACGGCAGGCGCAGAACGAGGCCCGAAGUCAGAUCACGCCUAACUCGACGAGCAGCGUGCUAAACGUGUGCGGCUCGCCGCGCGAGGUGAACGUCCUCUCCUAAGGGAAGGUGCACAGCCACCUAACACCAUUCCUCUACUGCCGGCCGAUCCGUCAGCCCGUGCAUUCUCUAAUCGGGGCGGAUCGAGUCUCGUCGUGUAAUAUAUAGGAAAGAUUUGUACAUAACACAUAGCGUUAAUGAAAAGAAUAGCUCUUUGGAUCGAUGUUCUUAUCCAGUCGCGAGGCUGUUCCCGUGGCUCGUACGCGAUGGCUCACGGGGGCCCCGGAAUCGACUCAAAAACAGGAAAAAGAAAAGGAAGGCAAAAA